AAAAAGUAUAGGAAUCUUGAGUAAUACCCCAAUGCAAAUUCAGUUUCACACUCUCUAGCUCGUCUCAGUCUGCGGCGACCUUGCAUCCCUUUCUCCGGUGACGGCGGCGGUGCCUCUUCCUCAGUCACACCUGGUGUGAAUUAUGCAUUUUGUAGGAGUGAUUCCAUGAUCAAACAUAACAAAAUCGAUGCAUUUUUCAAAAGGAAAGUUUCCGACAAAGAUGAAAAUUGAUGCAUUUUUCAAUGCUGGUGAAUAGCCACAUUAACAUGUCAUUUGAAGUUUGUUAAUAAGAUGAUGAAACAUCAUCUGAAGAAUGUUCAAACCAACAACCUUGUAUCCCUUCUCUCAUCCACCAGAGUCACAAGAACCUUCCACUCUACACCCAUCACAAAAUUCUCCUCCCAACUCCAUAAAGAUCCGAUUUUGAUCCCACCCACCAAAACCCAUCUCUAUGUUUCAUUCUUCUACACUCUCAUUAGUCUCUACUUGAAAUGUGGCAGAUUCUCCACCGCCUCUGAUACUUUCUCUCGCAUGCGUGCCUUUGAUUUUGUUCCCUCUUUACAUUUCUGGAAAAACCUUUUGUCUGAAUUCAAUGCCUCUGGUUUGGUUUCUCAGGUAAAGGUUAUGUAUUCUGAUAUGGUGUUUUGUGGGGUUGUGCCUGAUGUUUUCAGUGUUAAUGUUUUGGUUCAUUCGUUGUGUAAAGUUGGUGAUUUAGAUUUGGCUUUAGGAUAUCUUAGGAACAAUGAUGUUAUUGAUAAUGUUACAUAUAAUACUGUUAUAUGGGGAUUCUGUCAGAAAGGGUUGGUUGAUCAGGGUUUUGGUCUGUUGUCUGAAAUGGUUAAAAGAGGUUUAUGUGUUGAUUCAAUCACUUGUAAUAUACUAGUUAAGGGUUAUUGCAGAAUUGGAUUUGUUCGGUAUGCUGAGUGGGUUAUGUACAACUUGGUUGAUGGUGGGGUUACUAAAGAUGUUAUUGGUUUGAACACCUUGAUUGAUGGGUAUUGUGAAUGUGGGUUGAUGAGUCAAGCGAUGGAUUUGAUGGAGAAAAGAUGGAGGGGUGAUGUCGAGAUUGACGUUGUUACUUAUAAUACUUUGCUUAAAGCUUUUUGUAAAAUGGGUGAUCUUAAAAGGGCUGAAUCUCUUUUCAAUGAGAUUUUCGCAUUUCAGAAAGACGAAGAUCAGUUGACAAAUAAUGAUGUUGUAACUCAAAAUGAGAUAAGAAAUUUGCAGCCUACACUUGUCACAUACACAACAUUAAUCUCUGCGUACUGUAAGUUUGUUGGAGUUGAAGAAUCACUUUCUCUGUCUGAGCAGAUGAUUAUGAAUGGAAUCAUGUCGGAUGUGGUUACUUGCAGUUCUAUUCUUUAUGCACUCUGUAGGCAUGGUAAACUAACCGAGGCAGCAGUUUUUUUUAAAGAGAUGUAUGAAAUGGGUUUAGAUCCUAAUCAUGUCUCGUAUGCUACAAUUAUUAACUCUUUGUUCAAAUCAGGGAGGGUUAUGGAGGCUUUUAAUCUUCAAAGCCAAAUGGUUGUUCGGGGUGUUUCUUUUGAUAUAGUUACGUGCACAACUAUAAUGGAUGGACUUUUCAAAGUUAGGAAAACGAAAGAGGCCGAGGAAAUGUUUGAAACUAUUCUAAAGCUCAAUCUUGCCCCAAACUGUGUCACGUAUUCGGCAUUGCUUGAUGGGUAUUGCAAGUUAGGCGAAAUGGAACUUGCAGAGUUAGUGUUACAAAAAAUGCAGAAGGAACAUGUUCCUCCAAAUGUUAUUACCUUUUCUUCCAUUAUAAAUGGAUAUGCUAAAAAAGGAAUGCUUAGUAAAGCAGUUGAUGUGUUAAGGGAGAUGGUCCAAAGGAAUAUUAUGCCAAAUACUUUUGUUUAUGCAAUUUUGAUUGAUGCCUUUUUUAGGGCAGGUAAACAAGAUGUUGCUAAUGGUUACUAUAAGGAAAUCAAAGUGCAUAGAUUGGAGGAAAGCAAUGUCAUAUUUGAUAUCUUAUUGAACAACUUGAAAAGAGUUGGGAGGAUGGAUGCAGCUCGACCGUUAGUUAAAGAUAUGCACUCCAAGGGUAUCGAUCCGGAUAUCGUUAAUUACACUUCUCUAAUAGAUGGAUACUUUAAAGAAGGAAACGAGUCGGCCGCUCUUUCCAUUGUCCAGGAAAUGACAGAGAAAAACACCCGGUUUGAUGUUGUUGCUUGCAACACUUUGAUUAAGGGGCUCUUGAGGUUGGGGAAAUAUGACCCGCAAAAUGUUUGUUCAAGAAUGAUAGAAUUGGGUUUGGCUCCAAAUUGUGUUACAUAUAACACUAUAAUUAACUCAUACUGCAUCAAAGGUAACAUAGAAGAUGCUUUGGGUAUUUUGAUUGAGAUGAAGAGCUACGGGAUAAUGCCAAAUGCAGUCACUUAUAACAUUCUGAUUGGCGGGCUUUGUAAAACUGGCGACGUUCAAAAAGCAGCAGAUGUUUUAAAUGAAAUGUUGGUUAUGGGGGUUGUACCAACCCCAAUUACUCACAAGUUUCUGGUUAAAGCAUAUUCAAGGUUUAAAAAAGCAGACACAAUUUUACAAAUUCAUAAUAAACUCAUCGACAUGGGCCUCAAACUCACCCUGACUGUGUAUAACACACUGAUUACUGUAUUAUGCAGAUUAGGGAUGACUAGAAAGGCAAAAGUGGUCCUUGAUGAAAUGGUAAAACGUGGAAUUUCAGCUGAUUAUGUUACUUACAAUGCCCUUAUCCGCGGUUACUGUACAGGAAGUCACGUGGAGAAGGCAUUUAAGACUUAUUUACAGAUGUUUGUUGAUGGAAUCUCUCCAAAUAUUACUACUUACAAUACCCUUUUAUGGGGUCUUUCAAAUGCUGGUUUAAUGAAAGGGACGGAUAAAAUAGUCAGGGGGAUGAAGGAAAGAGGAUUUGUCCCAAAUGCUGCUACUUAUGACAUAUUGGUUUCUGGCUAUGGUAGAGUUGGAAAUAAAGAAGAGUCCACUAAAUUUUAUCGUGAAAUGUUAACCAAAGGUUUUGUUCCCACCACAGGAACAUACAAUGUGCUUAUUAAUUGUUUUGCAAAAGCAGGAAGGAUGCACAAAGCAGGAGAGCUUUUCAAUGAGAUGCGGACAAAAGGAAGAAUUCCUAAUUCUUCAACUUAUGACAUUCUAAAAGCACGAGAUAGACCAGGCACUUAAGCAGUCAUACCGAACUGAGGCGAAAAAUUUUCUGAUAGAAAUGAGGGAAAAAAAAAGGACACAGGCCAUCUAACAGCACCCUCUUAUUUAUCAGAUCCAAUUUUCACAUCGCUGAAGCUAGAAGGUUAUUGAAGGUAAUUACCCAAAAGAAGAAUGCAUGACAAACACUCACGGUGAGAUGAUGUGAAACUGCUACUGUUCGGUGUCAAGGACUGACUUGGCACCUGGGAGAUAAUUGAAGUUGCGGUGGAUCAACAAUGAUCAAUGGGUUCUCUUAGAAAUCGUGGUUGGGCCUAACACAACCCCACAAAACCGGCUUAUGAGGUGAGGAUUGCCCCCACUUAUAAGCUAUCCAAUUGCAGAGUUAAAUUCUUAGAAAUCGUGGUUGGGCCUAACACAACCCCACAAAACCGGCUUAUGAGAUCUCUUGAUUAAAUGCCCUUCGAUUUGGGCUGAAGAGUAUAUUUUUUGGCGGACUUUUUUUUUUAGAGGCAUCCUUUUACUGUGGAUACACUAUCUGUUGCUGUUAAUUUCUGGUCUAAAGGUGAGGUGAAAGCAAUGUUCUUGCGGCAUGAAGGGUUUCUUGGAGCUGGCCUUUAUGAGUUUUGAUAAACGUGGCAUCAAAGAAUUAUUGGUCAAGCAAGAGGCCCAAUAAAGUCCCACCAAGUUAUCUUUUGCUGUUGAUAAAAUGCAUGGUCAAAUAGACGGGGAAUUAAAUGUUGUUGAAAGUAUAGAGUAUAGCGUCUAUGCAGCUUAGAUGAUGUUAUCGGUAGUUUCUAGCAAUGAUUUGUAGUUGUGACUGGAUUUGAUUAUGCAAAAUAGUUGAAAGUUAUAACUAUAGUAUUGACUUAGAAUUAAAAAGAAUUCCAAAUGUGAACUCGUUAGUAAAUAUUUUUUGCAUUAUACUGUGCAACAA